AGAACCAGGAACUGCAGUCGGCAGCAGAGCCAAGCAGUUUUUUAUCUGACGGAUUUUCAUUAAAACUAAGAACAUAAAUAGAAAGAAAAGAUGCAGCUUCACUUCACGAAAGACGUUUUACCAGAUUCAGUCAGCAGCGACUUCCAGAACCUGAACAAGCUCAACGAGCAGCAAUUUCUUCGCCUGAUUGAAAUUCUGUUCCAGUUCCUGCUGGAGCCCAAAGAGACGGAGAGGUUCAUGCAGCAGCUCGGGGAGUUUGCGGGGGAACACGGGAUGAGCUCCGGUCCUCUGAGGAACCUGAUGAAGAGCGUCCUGCUGGUGCCUCAGGGCGCCCUGAAGAAAAGCCUGACAGCCGAGCAGAUCAAAGAGGAUCUUGUGACUUUAGGACUGAACGAAGACAAGGCCGAUCAGUUUUCACUCCAGUGGGGGGAGCACUCUGCAGCGAUGUCCAGACUCGCCCUGGGACAGACUCUGAUGGUCAACCAGCUGGUGGACAUGGAGUGGAAGUUUGGAGUGACUGUCGGCACCAGUGAAAUACAGAAAGUGGGCAACAUCUUCCUGCAGCUAAAGUUGGUGGUCAGAAAGGGGACUUCCACUGAAAACGUCUACAUGGAGUUGACGCUCCCACAGUUUUACAACUUCCUACAUGAGAUGGAGAGAGCCAAGGCCAGCAUGGAGUGUUUCAGCUGAGUGUGUGUGUGUGUGUGUGUGUGUGUGUGUGUGUGUGUGUGUGUGUGUGUGUGUCUGUGUGUGUCUGUGUGUGUCUGUGUGUGUGUGUGUGUGUGUGUGUGUGUGUGUGUGUGUGUGGCUGUAGCUGCAGGGGAUUGUGUGCGGUAUGCAUUACGUCAUGUUUUGUGUGUGUGUGGCACUGUGACUGAAGCGAAAAACACAAAAACACAUUUUAUUUACUGCCAGACAUUUCUACUCCAAUAAAAGAGGAAUUGAACAAACUCAAACACUCUCGGGUGUUCUUCUUUCAGCUUGGAUUUAAGAGGCACACUCCCGUCAUCGGGUUUCUUUUCCUGGCAUUGGCAGGGGAACUUAGGCGUUUCAUCGAUACCUGAGUGAGCCCUGUGGGGGAAUUUAUCACCUGCAGACAAAAAACCCCUGAGAUCAGACCUCACAGACCUGCCUAAUCACGUCCAGUCUUGCUGUUGUUCCUGUGCAUGAACAAUAAUGAGAUCUGCAAGAAUAUUGAAUACAUUUACACAGUCAUGACA